AUGCCGGACCCAACGCCAACCGACGCCACUCCCCGCGACCGCUUUCAACAAGCCGCGGCCGACCGCCAAUCGAGCGCCCAUGAGCCCGAGGCGCCCCUCUGGGCCGGCAGCUAUUCGCAUCUGGCGAUGCUCGGCACGUGGGUCGGCGGCGCCAUCGUCACCAUCGCCGCGGUCGUCGUCGCCGCUCUGAUGAACACGCCCGGCGGCGGCUGGCUGAUGGUCCUUUCGGGCAUCGGCGUGAUGUGGCUCGCCCUGGCGGCGUGGUAUGGCUACCGCCGCUUGAGCGUCCACUACAGGCUCAGCACGCAGCGACUGAUCCACGAGGACGGCUUCCUCUGGCGGAAGGUGGACCGCGUCGAACUGAUCGACAUCGACGACGUCACCUACCGCCAAGGCCCCGUCGAACGCCUGCUGGGGGUCGGCACGAUCGUCAUCGCUUCGAGCGAUGUCACCACCCCCGAACUAAGACUGCCCGGAAUUGAAGAGGUCUCAAAGGUCGCCGACAUCAUCGACGACGCCCGACGCAAGGAACGACGCAGCCGCGGGUUGCACAUCGAGCCUCCCGCCUCUUGCCGUGCGAGCCCGCCCUCCGUGCACGUCGUCGUCGUCACCCACUACUUCCCGCCGAUCGGCGGCCCCGGCGCCCGGCGCAUGUUGGGUUGGGUGAACGGCUUUGUCGCCGCCGGCGCCCGGGUGACGAUCGUCACGCCCGCGGCCCAUCCGCGCGACCCCUACUACCAGCCUGGCGAAAGCUACGACGGCCCCGCGACGGUCGUCACGCCAGCGAUCUUCGACCCCGCGCGCUUCGCCCGCGGCGGCGACGGCAAGCCCCUCGUCAGCGAAGGACCACAGUCCGAGAAGCGCGGCCUCGCGGCGCGCUUGCGGCCGUGGUUGCUAAUGCCCGAUCAAAGGCGAUUGGCGAACGGCCCGCUGUUUCGCGCGGCGCUCGCGGCGCUCGCGGCGAUCCGCGACGAGCCAGCAAUCGUGCUCACGUCGAGCCCUUACAACAGCGUCCACCUUGCUGGACGGGUGAUCAAAGAGCGUCUCGGCGACCGCGCGACGUGGAUCGCCGACUCCCGCGAUGACUGGUUCCACCCUGUCUUCUUCCCGUUCCCCAACGCCGCCUACCGCGCGUACAACCGCGGACUCGAAGCUAAGGUCUUGCGCGACGCCGACGGUCUAACGAUCGUCAGCCGCAGCACGCUCGACAAAGUGCGCUCGCGCCACGCGGAGUUCUCUGUGGACUUUUGGAGCACCGAAGAGAGCGGCAAGUGGCGCUGGGUUCCGAACGGCUUCGAUGCGACCGGCGUUGAAGCGAUCCUGAACGCGCCGGUUCCGCCGCGCGAUCCGUCGGCGCCGGUGAGACUGCUCUUCAGUGGCACGCUCUGGCAGGGGCAUCCACUGGAGGCGCUCGUCGCUGCGCUCGGAAACGUUGCGGCAAAGACGGGCCAGCGCUUCCGUUUCGAGCUCGCCGGCCGUGUGAUACAGCCCGUGCCGCCGACGCCCGAUGCUGAACGCGUCGAGAUCUUCACCGCCGGCUGGAAGCCCUACGAGGAAUCGCUCACCGCCACGCGGCAAGCGGACUUGCUGCUCGUGCACGCGGGCCCCGAGUCGCAAGACAUCAAAAUCAAAAUCUUCGAAGCCGCCGCGGUGCGCCGCCCCGUGCUGGUGCUCGGCCCCGAAGACUCAGCCACGGUGCGCCUAGUGCGCGAGCAUGUCGCCGACCCGCUCAUCGCCGACCAAGACAAUGAACCCGCGAUUGUCGCAGCGCUUGAACGUUACUUAACGAGCACCGACGAAUCCCGCCACGCUUUUACCGGCGUCCCCGCCGAGUACGACCGCGUCGUCCAGUCGCAACGACUGCUCGACUGGGCUAGUCGAUUAAGAAGAAUGGGACGCGGAUGA